AAUCAGCAAAAAGAUGAUAAAGGAGUAUCCAGAAGUAGGCGAAGAGUACCAAAAGGCUGUUGAUAAAGCCAAGAGGAAACUUAGAGGUCUAAUAGCGGAGAAGAGUUGUGCUCCUUUCAUGCUCCGUCUCGCAUGGCAUUCAGCUGGGACAUAUGAGUGCAUAUCAGAGACUGGUGGACCAUUUGGAACCAUGAGACUCGCAGCUGAGUUAGCACAUAAAGCUAAUACAGGGCUUGAUAUAGCUGUUAGACUUCUUGAACCUCUUAAAGAACAGUUCCCUACUCUCACUUAUGCUGAUUUUUAUCAGCUUGCUGGCAUUGUUGCUGUUGAAAUCACCAGUGGACCUGAGAUCCCCUUCCACCCAGGAAGAGAGGACAAGCUUAAGCCACCUCCAGAAGGUCGUCUUCCUAAUGCUAAUAAAGGUGCCGAUCACUUGAGGGCUGUCUUUUGCGGCGCGAUGGGUCUAAGUGAGCGUGAUAUUGUUGCUCUCUCCGGUGGCCAUACCUUGGGUAGGUGCCAUAAAGAGCGCUCUGGUUUUGAGGGUCCUUGGACUAAUAACCCUCUCAUCUUCGAUAAUUCAUACUUCAAGGAGCUUUUGAUUGGAGAGACUGAAGGACUUUUAAAAUUGAAAACUGAUUUAUCUCUUCUUUCCGACCCAGUCUUCCGCCCGUUUGUUGAAACAUAUGCUGCUGAUGAAGAUCAAUUCUUUGAUGAUUAUGCUGAGGCCCACAUGAAGCUAUCCGAGCUAGGAUUUCCAGAUGCCUAAAUGUACAUGGCCUUCAAAAAAAUCUCCUGAUCUUUGAAAUUGCAAAAAAUAAUAAUUUAUAUUUUAAAUUAUUAAAAUUAAAAGUUUGUAUUACAAUUAUGAAAUACGCUAAAAUUUAUAAUUUACUUUACAAUAAAUUUUAGAGUGUUCUAAACAUAUGAUUCAAAUGUUUGUAAGAGUAUUAUUUAUUAUAUUAUAAUAUUCACAUGUUCUAUUA